AUGCUUGGCCCCCUUUCUCUUGCCUCUGCUGUUCUUCAUGGUUGCCCCCCCACUUUUUCUUGCCUCUGCUUCUCUCCAUGUUUGAUCCCUCUUUGUUGCCUCUACUGCUCUUCACGCUUCGCCUCCUUUGCUGCUUUCUCUCCACCCAGAGCGCUCUGCCUGACACUCUCUCCUGUCUCCACCCCGAGUCAAACAGACAGUCUGCCUGACACAUUUUUCCCCACUUUUCUCUGUUAUGGAGACGUUCUGCCUGAAGCUUUCUUCCUUCCCUAUCAGCCCUUAACCCUUCCCCUUCCCCCGAGCCUGGGGGGGGGUGCUAGGCUUUCGUGGGAGUAUAUAUUUUGCUGCUUUCAUUUUUGUUGUCGUAACCUAACUCACUUGUUAAACACGCUUGUAUUUCUCUUUCCCUUCACGUGCGGGCGCGCACACCCGCACACACGCGGAGAGGAACACCCUACUCUUCCUGCCGCCAACCUGUCGAAGACCCACACACAUCUGACCGUGUCUCGGAAAUCAGCUUCCCCGAACGAGUCGGCCCCGGAAGCGAGCGGGUGGAGCAAACCACAUGGACUUGUUGACAAUAAAUCUGUGAAAAAGAGAGUCUGCUUUCUCGACUCGUCGAUUGCGUACGCUUUUCUGUGGAAUCAAACGACUUCGGUAUUUCUCUCUUGCUUUGACAGCAACCGAUUCGUGCCAGCCAACUCUAGUGUAUCUUUCUCUCUCUCUCCACUUCCCGUUUCUGUCUGUCUCUCUCAACUCAACGACUUUCUCUCUAUUUCUGUCUCUCUCUCAACUCAACGACUUUCUCUCUAUUUCUGUCUCUCUCUCAACUCAACGACUUUCUCUCCUCUCUCUGUCUCUCUCAACUCAACGACUUUCUCUCCUCUCUCUGUCUCUCUCUCAACUCAACGACUUUUCUCUAUUUCUGUCUCUCUCUCAACUCAACGACUUUCUCUCUCUCUCUGUCUCUCUCAACUCAACGACUUUCUCUCCUCUCUCUGUCUCUCUCAACUCAACGACUUUCUCUCCUCUCUCUGUCUCUCUCAACUCAACGACUCUCUCUCCUCUCUCUCUCUCUCAACUCAACGACUUUCUCUCCUCUCUCUGUCUCUCUCAACUCAACGUCUCUCUCAACCACUCUCUCUGUCUCUCUCAACCACUCUCUCUGUCUCUCUCAACCACUCUCUCUGUCUCUCUCAACCACUCUCUCUGUCUCUCUCAACCACUCUCUCUGUCUCUCUCAACCACUCUCUCUCUCUCUUAACCACUCUCUCUCUCUCAACCACUCUCUCUGUCUCUCUGAACCACUCUCUCUCUCUCUCUCUCUCAACCACUCUCUCUCCUCUCUUUAUCGCUUCUCCUCCUUUUCAGUUGGAACCACGAUCAUUUCUCUCGUUAGCUUUUGUAGUUUGGCUUAAUUUAAUGCUAAAGGAAAGAACAGCCUUCCCUUCCACUGCAACUGAUAUUGGUUAA